UUUCUUCUGCUUUACUUUUCGUUUCUCUUUGACUUAUUAGUUUUCCUGUCUACAAUCUGUGCCAUGAGCUUCACUCCUUUCUAUUUCUCUCCUCAAUUCCCAUCUCUCCAUCUUCUCGAAAGACAAGUUGUUGUGAGGCCUGGGCAGCCGGGACUGGACGGUGGUGGAAUGGACUUGCGCCAGCAGCCACUUGCGGUGGAGUUCGACGUUGAUUUCUUCUGCCCCGUCGAACAUCCCAUGGAACCUCUCGGUGAAGAUCGGCCUGUGAAAUGCCCAAUGUCUGCUUCUUCUUCUUCUUUCAUAUAUGAUGAAAAGGGACUCGAAGAAAGAGUUGUAGCGGAGAGUUCACGGAAGAGAUCAGAGCAACCAACGACGGUGAACAACGGAAUUGCGGCGAUGGCAAUGACGGCGGAGCCACCGGUAAGAGCAGUACGUAAAAGGCAUCACCCGUGACAGCCACAUGAUGGCGGAGCGGAACUCUUUCCAUUUCUCAAAUGCUUAAUCGAUUCCACCAAAUUUGAAUCAUUUGAGAAGAAACAGCCAUCUUCUUUUUUA